UCUGUAAUUUGCAACAGUAAUAUCAAAUUGGAAUAUUUUAGGCUUCAUCACAAAUGAAGUGUGCAAAACUGCGAACGAAAUGGAACGUAAUUUUGUAACUUACUGUCAACUUCACAUCGAUUGUCUUUUAUUCGACCAUCUCAACCGAUUUGUAUUUUACUGCACAUGUGCAUCGGUUGCUUAUCGUUUUAGUCAAAGUAAUACAAAUCCGUUUAUAAAAUGGGAGCUAUAGCGAGCAGAUACCGUGUUUCCAAUGCAGGUCUAACACCCACCGAUCAACUAAACAUAGAAAAUGAAACCAAACGUGAAAACCCUGGAACUUUGGAUGAAUUGCACAAAAAAAGCAAAGAGGUGAUGCCAGUGAACUUUGAAGGUGGUAAACUUAUGGUGAAUAAGGGUAUAUCAAAUCAUUUUCAGAUGGCACACACCCUUACAAUGAAUUCAGCACAGAAUGGGUACAAGUUGAGUGCGACAUACAUUGGUACAAAGCAAAUAUCACCCACUGAGGCAUAUCCUGUGGUGUUGGGAGAUGUAGAUCCAUCGGGCAAUUUCAACUUUAACUUAAUACACCAACUUACUAAUGAGAUAAGAGUGAAGGGUGCCGCACAGGUGCAGGAAUGCAAGUUGACAGCGACGCAAGGCACAGUGGAGUACAAAGGGUCGGACUACACGCUAGCUGUGGCCAUGGGCAAGCCAGACUUCAGCGACAAGUCCAGUGUCUUUGUGGGGCAUUAUUUACAGUCAGUGACAAAGCGACUGGCUCUGGGCGCUGAGCUGGUGUACCAGUCGGGCGCCAGGAUCAUGGGCGGGGAGAUCGCAAUCGCCUCCGCAGCAGCCCGGUACACCAUGGACGAUUCUGAAGUGUCUGCGACACUGGGCGCUGCUGGUUUCCACAUUUGUUAUUUCAAACAAGCCAGCGAGCAAUUACAGGUUGUAGCAGAAAUGGACACUUCGUUCAGAGGCAUGGAGUCUGUGGGCACGAUAGGUUAUCAGGUCACCGUGCCAAAGGCUGAUCUUGUAUUUAGAGGUAUGGUGGACUCCAAUUGGAAUAUUGGUGCAGUGUUAGAGAAGAAAUUACAGCCAUUACCGUUCAGCUUUGCGUUAUCCGGGAUGGCCAAUCAGGCCAAGCAGCAGUUCAAGUUUGGUUGCGGACUGAUCAUCGGAUAGUGUGUUAAUGUGUUAUUAGUGCUUUUGGUGUGGUUAUAGUGACAUUACACAGUGAAUCCAAAGUUAUUUCGUAUUCAAGUCAGAAUUAUAACUCUUAUUAUUCUAUGGUGUUACUUUUCUGAAGUUUUUUUUUGAAGAUUUUGACAAUUCAAAUGGCAUUUCUUUGACUAUGAUAAAUCUAGUUUCAUCUAUCAAGUUCAGGUCAGUAAAUUUU